UCAGCUCUGCCGGGCCUCAUUACCCAGCCCCGCCCGGGGGCCCUUCUGCUGCGCUUGGGCAUUAUGGGGGCCGACCCCAGCCCCACGCCUCCCGGGGGGCCACAACGCGCCCGCGCGGCCCGGACGGCCGGGCCCUCCUGCAAUUUUACUUCGCCAAGCAAAGAAGUGGGGACGUGCCCUGUGGCCUCGGCGGGGCCGGGGCCGGGCCCAUGUGCAUGUGGCCCUCCGUUUUCGAUUGUCUGCGCCCG